AGACCGCCGUCAUGCAUUAGCAGCGCCUCCCAGCUGACGAUGGCCGCCAUGCUGAUAGGCUUGCAGAUAGUAGCCAGCAUUGCCUCGACGUCGCUCCACCCCCAGGAGGCGCUGCUGGUCAUGCCCAGCCCGUCGGUGAGGUACGUGGAGCUGAUGUGUGGGAGCGGCGGGGCAGCGGGGAAAAUCGUGAGUCUCGUCUACAAUAUGCUGCUGGUAGCAGCCUGCUCCGUGCUGGCGUUCAAGACGCGCCAUCUACCGGACAACUUCAACGAGUCCAGGUAAGAAGCAAUGUCGAUGAAGAGUCUCUGUGAUUGACCUUCUCUCUGU